AGAAUAACUUUAAUUUUGACAUUUAAAUUCUGAUAAGGAAUGCAUUUAAGAAAGGGAAGUAGACACUAAUAGUAUUAUAUAAGAUUUAAAAUUCUAUCAUUUGAUAUUACAAUGGGAUUUCUGAUCAGGUUGAAUUAAAUUCAAUCCAUAUUUUGAUUUAAUAACAAAAAUUGUUUUUAUAAUGGAAUGCAGAAUAAAAAAAUUCAUUAUUAAUUAAUUUAAUGAGUAACCCAACUCCAGCUGAGAUCUACUAUAACUAGAUAAACGAUUAUUAUUAGAGUGUGAGUACUGAUGAUGAGGAUGAAAAGUUUCAAAUAGACGUUUAGCCAAAGAGAAAAUAUUUUGAGACAAUUGAAGAAAAAAGAUAAUAUAUUGAAGAAUAUACAAAGAAGAAGAAGACAGAAUUGUGCAAGAACUUUGAAUUGACUGGAUUUUGUAAAUUUGGAGAUGAGUGUUCAUUUGCCCACGGUUAAUUAGAGUUAUAAGCUAAAACACAUUUACAUUAAAAAUACAAAACAAAACCAUGCAAUCGCUAUUUUAAUUAAGGAUUUUGUCCUUAUGGCAUAAGAUGCUAAUAUUUACACGAUGAAUUAAAAGACUAAUAAAAAUUCGAGAAAUUCUUGUAAGAAUCUUAUUAACAAUUCGGGAUGAAGCCAAUUAUAGCGAGAAAAUUUCUCAAUAAUUCUUAGAGAUUAGACAUUUAAAGAUUCCAAUAGGUUCUACAAAAAUUCACUAAAAAAGGAUUCAAUGUUGGAUUACAUACCAGAUCGAAAUUCUUUGUUUAAUUAUAAGAAAACAACCAAAUUUGACUUCUCUAUUCAUUUAUUUAUUAUAUUGAAUUAAAUAA